CCGUCAUGCAGAGCGCCGUAUCCUAGCAACGGAAGCCAAACACUUGAGGAAGCGGGAUGGGGGCGUGAACCUAACUGUACCAAGGAGUUAGGGGGACGCCGGAGUGGUUGAGGGAGCCAUACCAGCCCUUCUAAAUAUUGGUGCUCUCCUCUUCCAUUCUGGCCGAAUGAAUGGACAAGGUGACCCUUGUGAAUAUUACUUCAUGACAGACGGCCCUUUAAUUCUAUAGACUCACAAAUACUGAACUAGUACUACUGCAUGGAGCAAUGUUGAGAUUCCAAGAAGUUGUUAAGCAUGGUACUCCUCUUCCACCUAUGUCUACUUGCUCAAAGACUUUGAUUGCAGGAAGAUACACUAUUCAGCAAAAACUUGGGCGUGGAAGCUUUGGAACUGUCUACUUGGUUUCUGACAAAAAAGCAAAAGAAGAAGAACACUUGAAAGUUUUGAAAGAGAUCUCUGUGGGAGACGUCAAGCCUAAUGAAACAGUUGAAGCAAACUUAGAAGCACAGUUGCUGUCCAGGCUAGACCAUCCAGCCAUUGUCAAAUUUUAUACCAGCUUUGUAGAAGGAGAGAGUUUUUGCAUCAUCACCGAAUACUGUGAGGGUCGAGACCUUGACUUUAAAAUUCAAGAGUACAGAGAAGCCGGCAAAGUAUUUCCAGAGAACCAAAUAGUAGAAUGGUUUAUUCAGUUAUUACUUGGAGUCAACUACAUGCAUGAAAGGCGAAUACUUCAUAGAGACUUAACAGCUAAGAAUAUUUUUUUGAAAAAUAACCUUCUUAAAAUUGGGGACUUUGGUGUUUCUCGUCUCUUGAUGGGAUCCUGUGAUUUAGCAACUACUUUUACUGGGACACCUUUCUAUAUGAGCCCAGAGGCACUGCAACACCAGGGCUAUGACAUGAAAUCAGACAUUUGGUCACUAGGAUGCAUUUUGUAUCAGAUGUGCUGUUUGGAGCAUGUAUUUAGUGGUCACAAUUUUUUGUCCAUUGUUCUAAAAAUUGUGGAGGGUGAAGCUCCUUCUCUUCCAGACACCUAUCCAAGUGAACUUGAUGCAGUACUGCACAGCAUGCUGAGCAAGGACCCUUCACAGAGGCCAUCAGCUGCAGAGAUUUUAAGAAUUUCAUAUGUUCGUGAUAAAUUACAGAACAUGAAGUGUAAAUUCACAAACAUGACUAUGAUCGACCCAGCGCUUAAUUCUCAGGAAGAAGCUGCUCAUAUCAUUAAUGUUGUGCAGAAAAAGGUUCAUCUGCAUACUCUGAGGGCUCUCUCUGAAGUGCAGAAGAUGACACCACGUGAACGAAUGAGACUGCGAAAGUUGAGCAUCGCUGAUGAAACAGCACAGAAGCUAAAACAGUUGGCUGAAGAAAAAUAUCAAGAAAAUCUCAAAAGAAUGCAAGAGCUUAGAUCUCGUAACUUCCACCAAGUGAAUAUAGAUGUGCUUCAUGAACCUGAUCAACAGACUGAAGAGCAUCUGAUUAAAUCUCAACCAGUCACUACAUUGGACUAUUUAUCCGUAGGAUGUGAUGAUCAACAUAACAGUGAUACAGCAGGCAGACUCUGUAUGUCUGACCCUGUGGGGCAUGAGAUCCCAGAAGACCCAGUCAUUGCAGAAGAGUAUUAUAAUGAUGCGUUCGAUUCAUGCUCAGAAACAAGUGAGGAAGAGGAAGAGGAGGAGGAAGAAGAAAUGAUAACAUCACAGACUGUGCGUAAAACAAACUGGCAGGAUAGUGAUGUUGAAGCAAUGGUCAGGUACAUGGAGAAUAUCCUAAAUACCAGCUCUCUAGGCACUGCAACUGCCACCACAGAGACUCCGUUGGGACCUGAGGGAUCAAGAGCUCUCAGCAGCACCAUGGCGGCAACCAAGCUGAGAUGUAUGAAGGAGUCAGCCAUUCAGAAACUGGGAACAGAAACCUUUGAAAAGGUUUAUGAGUUCCUCCAACAAGCAAGACGGCAGAAUGCAAGUGAAAAUGAAAUCAGAGAAUACCUGGAAAAAAUGGUGUCUCGGGCAAGUGACUGUUUUGAAGUAGAUCAGCUCCUCUAUUUUGAAGACCAACUGAGGGCUUCUGAAGAUGCUUCAGUGUGACAUAUAAGAAUAGAUUUACUUGGAUUAUCAGAAAUCAGUGAACACGGCACUCUUCAGAUGGAAGCAAGCAAGCAUCAUGUCAUAUGAUUAGGAGAAUGAGUAGCAUGGAAAUACUGGCAGGAGUAGUGUAUGCCAUUUUCUUAUCUUAUCUGAGAUAAAGAGCACUCUUAUCACCUCCAACUGAAAUCAACAAGAGCUUUUCAAUUGAUUCCUACAGCAGUAUUCGAUCUCAAAAAUCAUUGCCUUGAAAAUUGCUGGAUUAUGGUUGUCUCGAUCAUACCCUGUAUGCAUGCUUUAAGUUCUCCAGUAGGAGAAAUAAUGGUGUUCAAAAGCCUGCAUUUCACCCAUGUUUCAAGAUGAUAUGCAAGGAAAAGCAUGGUACAUAUGGUGGAGAAAUAAUACAAGAUGAAGGGGAAAUGAAACACUUCACCUUGAUUUACUCCCGUCAGGCAAAGAUGGAGUGUGGAAAGUUAUUUCACAUUUCUUAUAUUGUUUUAGUAAAUGAAUCAGAUGUUCUCCAGCAAACAUUUUCAACAUGAAAGGGGCUUUGAGAGGGGAAAAGGUUUCUAAAAGACCCCAACAAUCUUACCUUUUUUGCACCAGUUUGCUGUCCCAGUCAACUGUAACUUUGGUGCCAUUUUUGUUUGUUUCAAAUAAAGAUAAUAUAUUCCUAAUAUAUUGAUGUCAUCACACAGCAAGUCAGAUUUGGCUAUGUGAUGAAACCACUGAGGAUAAAAAACAGUUAAUUCAGGGUGAGGUCUGAGCUUCCUGAAUGGACAUUUCCCACUUUUUGAACUAGCUUUGUUUGCCCUCAGCAAGUCACAAAGCCCAAUCUGAUUCGCAACUGCAAAGGAGUUCAUAAUAGAGCAUGGCUGCUGCUGUCUCAUACCAGCUGCUUCUUCUGCUGCCUACCUACCAGUUAUUUGAGGGAGGUGUGCAUGAGAAGGUUGCCUGAAUGUCUGUUGGGUACAGUGCCUGUAAAAGAUUUUGUAAGCCCUGCGAUAGAUUUUGAAAAGGGGGGGGGAGAUUAAAUAUUUGCAAAACAUCCAUUGGAAUUGUGACUUUAACCUAGUAAAUGAAUUGCUUUGUAAAAUACUUAUAUCAUUCACAUUUCUGUUUAUAUCAGUGAUCUAUGGUCAUGCUUUACCUUUUCAGCAUUUCUCUUUUCAUUUUGUAAAGUGCAUCCUUAUAU